GUAUCGAUGGCGCAGAUGCAUCGAUGUUUUUUAACAUCACUAAUCACUAGUAGCGACAGUUUUUGCAUAAAAUACAAUUAAAUAAUAAAGGGCUAUCGCCGAAGCUGCAAAAACCAGGUUUUAUACUGCUGCAAUUGCUGAAGAAUCUAGUUUAGGUGCCACUCGAAAACAAUACCGGAAAGUGUUACGCGAAAGCACAGCAGAGCCCCAAAAAACCAGCCCAAAAGUGAAAGCCCCCAGAAAAAGUAAAGUACAAAAGAGCGAAAGGAAGAGCCAGAGAGAAAACGAAAAAAUAGAGAGAACGAGAGAGCGAGAGCGAAGAGCGUGGAAAAGAGUCUGGGCGAGAGAAAAACGAUUUUUUCAACUCCGCGAAUCCUUGGUCAUAUUCCGUGUGCAAAUCCUGGUAGAGCGGGAAGUUAAAAGGAUUGAGACCAGGACCAGAACGCCGUCAAGAUUCUCGGGCCCAUCUACAGCGGUAUCCAGAUCCAGAGCCACGGCCACCAGGACGCAGAAUCCACCUACAGCACCUACAGCACUCCACUAGCCGCCACCACGCUCCACAAACAGCCAGCAGCCAUUAUGUUCGUCAACUCCAUGACGUUCCGCGGCAAUCCGGCGAACUACCACCAGCAGCAGCCGGCCCUAAACCACCACACGCUGGCAGCGGCGCACCACCAGCAGCAGCUGCACCACCACGCCGCUGCCGCUGGCCACCUGAGCCACGUCGGCGGCGGCCACGCAGCCAGUAACCACCUGGCGGCCGCCGCUGUUCUGGGGCGGCAUGGCCACAACUCCCUUGGUAGCGGGCACACGUCCAGUUCCUCGCACUCGGCCAAUGUGGGCGUGGGAGUCGGCGGCGGAGCUCUGGCCAGCGGCUCCACCGGGGGCAGUGGAGGGAACAGCUCUCCGGACAGUGGCAAGAUCUAUAUCAAGAACCUGGAGCGGUCCAUCGACAACAAGGCGGUGUACGACACGUUCUCGGUGUUCGGAAACAUCCUGAACUGCAAUGUGGCCAAGGACGAGGAUGGCAAUUCGCGCGGCUAUGGGUUUGUGCAUUUCGAUUCGGAGGAGGCCGCCCGGGCGGCCAUCGAGAAGGUGAAUGGGAUGCUGUGCAAUAAUCAGAAGGUGCAUGUGGUCAAGUUCAUACCACGGCGGGACCGGGAGCAGGAGAAGGCCACGCACUUCAAGAAUCUGUAUGUGAAGAACCUCAGCGAGGAGUUCACCGAGCAGCAUUUGCGCGAGAUGUUCGAGCCCUACGGCCGCAUCACCAGUCACAAGCUCAUGCUGGACGAGGAGGGGCGCUCCCGGCGCUUCGGUUUCGUGGCCUACGAGAACCCGCAGUCGGCGCUGGCCGCCGUAAUUGGCCUGCACGGCAAGCAGCUGGGCGACAACAAGUUUUUGUACGUGGCAAGAGCCCUCAGCAAGGCCGAGCGGCAGCAGGAGAUCAAUCGCAAGCUGGAGGAGCGCAAGCGCCAGAAGGCUGGCCAGAUAUUCUACUAUUAAGGUGGAAUAGGCGGUGGAGGUGGUGGUGGCGGCGUCGGCAGCUGAUCCAAGGACAUCGCUAGGAGUUGACUCGGAACCCACACACAUACAAUACACACCCAUAUAUAAACCUAUAUAGAUAUUUACGAGAAAUUGUAUCGAGCAGCUAGGCGGACAUUCAGGCAGCAGACGGACGGGAUGCAGCUCCUGCGCAUAUACACUUAGAUGUAGGCAAAAGUCUUGCAACACAGUUGAAAUUUAUAGAGAAACACAGGGCAGAAACAAAGCGAGAGGUGGUAGAAAGGAGCUCUCGAAUCGAAAGGAUUUUCUAGGCAUUAGGACAACAAUUUCUUAGCACUCACUAGCGUUUUUUUGGAAUUAGAUGUUUGUCUUUACUGUUGAAUUUAGUGAGCAGAGGCUUUGCUGUCAGCUUCUCGCCUAAAGAACACAUUGCGUUCACGUAUUUCGAAAUGUAUUUACCCACACCAGGCCAACAUUCACACUGGCCCCUUGGCAUUAAGUCUAGAUCGUGCGAUCGCAACUAGAGCUACGCCCAGCAAGUCCUGGGCAACAUAUGAAUAUUUACACUUACCUAAUAUAUAUUAAAACAAAACUAAAGCAAGAAACAAAACGAAAAAAAAAGGACAAAAAACAAAAUCGAAAAACGGAAAAAAAUACAAUUGAUGUAACCCCUAUUAACAAGUGAAGCACCCACUCCACGUAUAUACAUAAACAUAUACAUAUAUCUAAAGUAAACCCACACGCUGUAGUUAAAAAGCGUUUAUAAUACUCACACACCCACAUCCUACGCUAUAACUAAUACUUUUGACGAGGAAAUCAAGUGCAACCAUUGCGAAAGCGAACCUACACGUAAUUUAUAUAGUAGACGCAGAUUAGCUGGACGAGGAUUAGGUCAGAGCUGGACAGCUGGUCAGCUGAAAAGCUAGAGAGCUGGGAAGAUCAGAUAUGGAAGUAGCAGGGGCCCAGCGCCACUCCUGCGGACAGUACAUGAGUAUUAAAAUUUUAGCAAUUACAAGACAUUUUUGUAAUUAUUGUACAUUGUUUCAAGUAGCAGAAACUAAAGUGAAACCACAAACAGGACCGCAGACAGUAACGACAGUAAGGUAAAAAGAACAAAAACAAAAUUAAAACAAAACAAAAACUAAUUGAAUGUAACCAAUCCAAGAAGUGUACACAGUGCAAUGUUUGAAAUCUUUUAGAAUAUGGAUAUUAUUAUGGAUACAAGGCACGAUCGCCAGAAAGUGGAUCGCAAGAUCGAUCGAAUAAUUCAAAGCACUCUGUAGGCAGGCGUGUAACCCAAAUGAAAGCAGAUACAUAAAUAAUUUAAGAUUAUUGAGCUUAAUUUUUAAAGUGUUUCCGCGAACCGAACAGAAAACGAAAGCAAAUAGAUGUGAGAGAAGAAAAUUAUUAACGCUAAACUCAGUCGAAAUUUGUAAGAUUCAAGUUUUGCGUCUAGACAUAUACACAAUGUAUAGUUAAAACAGUACCACACAAACAGAAAACAGAGAAAGAGAAAGAGAAAGAGGAGAAAUUAAAUGACAUAAAAUAGUUAUAACGAUGGCAAUAUUUAGGAUGGCAUAACUAACGUACUAACGUACCCUCAUUUGACCAUAUUUAUUUCCAUUACACUUCACUUCAUUUCGAGGUUACGACUCUAGUUUCCAGGACAAAAGUAGGAUUAGGCCUCCACUGUAGCAAGGUAACACUGUAACACUAAAAAACUGUAACUCACACAGAACAUAUGCAAUAUGAAUUUACAAGACAACCAGGAGAAAUUACGCAAUUACGCAAUUGAAUAAUAUUUACACAAAUGUAAUGUACAAAACCAAACAAAAAAGAGAAAGAAAUGAAAUGAAAUGAAAUUUAUUUUCCUUUGCCAAGCAAA